UCACUCACCGCUACACUCCACCACGGAGUCCUCUACCUUAAAACGAAAACAAGGAGAUACUUUUGCUACUGUAGUUUUGCCUAAAUAGCUGGUCAAAUUGACGUCACAACUCUCUCCCUGGAUCUAUAUAUACCACAAGGGACGCUGGCUUUGACAACACUGAUACUUGACUUCCUCAGCCUUUCAAGUCUUCUUAAAUUGUCUUUCACAAUGGUCCACUUCUCUUCCGUGGCGCUUUUGGCCACCGCUGCAUCCGCAUCCUUGUUCAGCCGGCAGGAAUCGCAGAGCCUUCAUGCUGCCUUUACCGCAGCUGGGAAGCUGUAUUUCGGAAACAUCGCCGAGCAGGCCCUGCUGGAGAAUGGCCAGAACGAGCCUAUCCUUGCUUCUGACUUUGGCGCCCUGACCUGCGAGAACAGCAUGAAAUGGGAUGCAACCGAGCCCUCACAGGGGAGCUUCAGCUUCUCCGGAUCUGACGCUGUUGUGAACUACGCGGUGGAAAACGACAAGCUGGUUCGAGGACACACCCUUGUCUGGCACUCUCAGCUUCCAUCAUGGGUUUCCCAGAUCAGUGAUCCGGAUACCCUGACCGGCGUCAUCCAGGACCAUGUCACCGGUGUGAUGAACCAGUACAAGGGACAAAUCUACGCUUGGGACGUGGUGAAUGAGAUCUUCGAUGAGGACGGGACCCUCCGCGACAGUGUCUUUUCCAAUGUGCUUGGAGAGGACUUUGUCCGCAUCGCGUUUGAAGCUGCUCGUGCCGCUGAUCCCGACGCGAAGCUCUAUAUCAAUGACUACAACUUGGACGAUGCAUCCUACGCCAAAACGCAGGGUUUCGUUAGCAAAGUCGGCGAGUGGAUCGCUGCAGGAGUUCCAAUUGAUGGAGUUGGCUCUCAAUCUCAUUACGGUGCUGGGGGUUUCCCUACCUCCGGAUGCCAGGCAGCCCUCGAGGCACUUGCGUCGACCGGUGCGUCCGAGGUAGCGAUUACUGAGCUUGAUAUUGGUGGAGGCUCCUCUGACGACUGGGUGAAUGUCGUCAACGCGUGCCUGAGUGUCGAGAAGUGCAUUGGCAUUACCGUCUGGGGUGUCUCUGACAAGGACUCCUGGCGCGCAGAAGAGAGCCCUUUGCUCUUCGAUUCGAACUACCAGGCGAAGGACGCCUAUAGCGCCAUCCUUGGUGCGCUAUAAGCAGUCACCUGAAGAGGUAUAAAGCAGGAUAGUUAUAAGUUGAUGGAUACAGCCAUGGAACGUUGUAUUUAAAGUAGCUGUUGUUUUAUUUACUGAUACGUGGGAAGGAAUGGUUCAACUUCAAUGAUAGCACUUAUCAAGUCAAGCAUUU